GGGCAGGAGAGGACCGUUUUAGACAGAAAAGGGACUAACGGAACAGAAACAGGGGAGGUAAAGGUUUAAAAAAAAAAAAGUCACAGUAUGGAUUCAGUGGCUAAUAUGAGAAGAGAAUAGAAGACUCUUUUGAUGACUAAGAAAGAUUCUUUUGGCCUAUCAAGAGUUUCAGGGCUUUAUUUGAUAGUCUGGGAACUUAUUUCAAACACUGUGAAGAUUUGACUCAGGAAGUGCUGGGAAGCAGUCCAGUGUGUUUAUCCUGACCCCUGUUCAACUUCUUCCUGCAGUUCACUCCAUGCUGGGAAUAGACAACUCUCCUCUGAGGCUGAGGCUAACCAGACUAUGCAGAACUUUCUUCUCUCCAACAUUCUGUGGAACUGGGUUGAAUGGAUCGCAGCAGUUACUAUUGCUGCUGGGACAGCUGCAAUUGGUUAUCUAGCUUACAAAAGAUUUUAUGUUAAAGAUCAUCGCAACAAAUCUAUGGUAAACCUUCAUAUCCAGAAAGACAACCCCAAGAUAGUACAUGCUUAUGACAUGGAGGAUUUGGGAGAUAAAGCUGUGUACUGCCGUUGUUGGAGGUCCAAAAAGUUCCCGUUCUGUGAUGGAUCUCACACAAAACACAAUGAAGAGACUGGAGACAACGUGGGACCUCUGAUCAUUAAGAGAAAGGAAACUUAGUCAGUUUUGAUACUGCAAACCAACUUGUCAUGAUGUUAUCUGAUUGUUUAAUUAGAAUGACUACAACUUCUGUCUAAUUCACCUCCCCUGGGUUCUAGAUGUGGUAUAUUGGAAACUGCAGCUUUCAUACUCACGGCAUUUGCCUUACUUGUUGAACCAUCGUGGUGCACAUUUGUUUAAACAAAAAAAAGAAAAAGUAAAAAACCAACUUCAUGGCCUAUGGGUUAUUUUGGUCUUGUAAGGAUCCGUUUAUGUUUAAAAUAAUUAUAUUAAGAUAUAGUUGUACAUUAAAGUUAACAUUAAAUUAUUCUCAAAAUCCUGU